AUGACUUGGGCAGAUACAGUUAAUGAUUAUGUUGCCCAUUCUUUUGUAGGCAAAUAUUUCCAAUUGGACAAUUCUGGUGCUCGACGUGAAAGAAAAGGCACCAAGUUUUUGACCGAAAUUCGUGCUGGUUUAACUACCUUCUUUGCCAUGGCUUAUAUUAUUUCAGUUAAUGCUUCUAUUAUUUCAGACAGUGGCGGACCUUGCGUUUGCGAAGGUACUGCUGCUGAUCCUACUUGUGAUACCAAUGAAGCCUAUAUGGCUUGCGUCUAUGAAGUCAAAUUGGACAUGAUUAUGUCUACCACAAUUAUUGCCAUGAUUGCUAGUGUCAUGAUCGGUUUCUUUGCUAAUUUACCUCUUGGUAUGGCCCCUGGUAUGGGGUUAAACGCCUAUUUUACAUACACUGUCGUUGGCUAUCAUGGCUCCGGUAACAUUAGCUACGAAACUGCCCUUGCUGCUGUAUUUAUCGAAGGUCUUAUCUUUUUGCUUCUUUCUAUUUUUGGUGUUCGACAAUGGCUCGCACGUAUUAUUCCCAUGAGUAUCAAGAUUGCAAUGGGUUGUGGUAUCGGUCUAUAUCUCUGCUUUAUUGGUCUUCAAUCGUCUGCUGGUAUCGGACUUGUUGGCAUGGACGCAUCUACUUUGGUUGGCUUAGGCGCCUGUCCUGCUGCUGCCAAAAACUCUGACGGUGCUUGUCAAUGGGGCACUAUGACAAACGGCACAACCUAUAUGGGUAUUCUCGGUUUAGUUAUUAUGACUAUCUUGCUCAUUUAUCGCGUCCGUGGUGCUAUCUUAAUCUCUAUCCUUUUCAUUGCCAUCACUUCUUGGCCUCGUGUCAAUGCUGUCACUUAUUUCCCUUACACCACUCAAGGUGACCUUAUGUUUGACUUCUUCAAGAAGGUUGUUACUGUCCACCCUCUAACUCAUGUUCUCGGCAAAUUCAACUUUGACUUGAGCACUAAAGAAAUCUGGAUUGCUUUGAUUACUUUCCUUUAUGUCGAUAUCAUGGAUACCACUGGUACUAUGUACUCCAUGGCCAAUUAUGGUGGUUUCACUGACAAGGCUGGUGAUUUUGAACAUUCCACUUUUGCUUUCAUGUGUGAUGCUGCUUCAAUUUCUAUUGGUGCUUGCUUCGGUAGCUCCCCUUGUACUGCCUUUGUCGAAUCUGGUGCUGGUAUUGCUGAAGGUGGCCGUACUGGUAUCACUGCCAUUGCUGUCGGUUUUGGUUUCUUUGUCUCUAUUUUCUUUUCUCCUAUCUUUGCCAGUUUCCCUCCAUGGUCAACCGGUCCUGCUUUGAUCGUUGUUGGCUCUAUGAUGCUUUCAGGUGUCCGCAACAUCAACUGGGAUUAUCCUGGUGAUGCUAUUCCUGCCUUUGUUACUUUGACUGUCAUGCCUUUCACCUACUCCAUUGCCUAUGGUGUUAUUGGCGGUGUCCUUUCUUACAUUGCCAUCAACGGUGUUAUCUACCUUAUUGACAUCGUCUCUCGUGGUUAUGUCCGUCCCGAUUAUUCUCAACGUGAAGACUGGUGGACUGCUGCUUUCAGUCGCUCUUUCUUACCUACUUGGAUUCGUUACUUGAUUGCUAAGGCUAGAGGUGAAGACUUCAACUGGCAAGAAGAUGAAUAUGAGUUUGAAGAAGAUGAACCUCAACACGUUACUGUCGAUGAAGACGAUCAUCAUGAAAAGACUACUUCUCAAGAUCAUAUUGUAGAUAACUUUCAUUACAUGAACGAAUCUUCCAAUUAUCAAUACGACGAAAAAGCUUAUCAUUAA